AGGGGGAGACGGGAAAGAUGUCCGCGGUGUGUCGGAGCGUGAAGGUAUCCGGGCCCUCGCCCUUGCGGCUUGCCCCGUUGCACCUGCUGGGACUGUUGCGGCCGUGGAAGUAGGGGGAAGAGAUCGGUGCUGGGAGAAAUGGUCACCCGUAUCUAGGCUUGGUAUUGCGGCGAUGGGGCUCGGAAGGUGAAGGUCAACUCUCCGUAGCACGCGUCUGUGGGGUGACUGGAUGGACUGUCUGGGGAGGAAAAACCUAGAGGGCCCACUGGGCUUGGUCGCCAUAAUAACCGGAGGCGCCUCGGGCCUAGGUCUGGCCACGGCGGAACGACUGGUGGGGCAGGGGGCUACUGCUGUGCUUCUGGACGUGCCCAGCUCUGAUGGGGAGGCCCAGGCCAAGAAGUUAGGGAAGAACUGCGCCUUCGCCCCAGCCGACGUGACCUCAGAGAAGGAUGUACAAGCAGCCCUGACUCUAGCAAAAGAAAAGUUUGGCCGUGUGGACGUGGCAGUCAAUUGUGCAGGCAUUGCAGUAGCCGUCAAGACAUACAACUUAAAGAAGAGCCAGGCCCAUACCUUAGAGGACUUCCAGAGAGUUAUCAAUGUGAACCUCAUAGGCACCUUCAAUGUGAUCCGCCUUGUGGCUGGUGAGAUGGGCCAGAAUGAACCAGACCAGGGAGGCCAACGUGGAGUCAUCAUCAACACCGCCAGCGUUGCUGCCUUUGAGGGCCAGGUUGGACAAGCUGCAUACUCUGCUUCCAAGGGGGGCAUAGUGGGCAUGACACUGCCCAUUGCUCGGGAUCUGGCUCCCAUGGGCAUCCGGGUGAUGACCAUUGCUCCAGGCCUGUUUGGCACCCCACUGCUGGCCAGCCUUCCAGAGAAAGUGCGCAACUUCCUGGCCAGCCAGGUGCCCUUCCCCAACCGACUGGGCGACCCUGCUGAGUAUGCUCAUCUGGUACAAUUCAUUAUUGAGAACCCGUUCAUCAAUGGAGAGGUCAUCCGGCUGGAUGGGGCCAUCCGCAUGCAGCCUUGAAGGGAGAGGGCAAAGAAAAUACAUACUCUUUUACCCUUCCUUCCCCUGGCAUACUGUACUCCAGUUUGGGAGGAAACCCAGUAGCCCUUUUGUAACCGCCCACUAGUCACCUUCUGUGCCUAAUAAAGUCUAUUUCUUUCUUUC